CCUUGCUGUGACUAUGCCGCGUGCCUGUGCGUCCGCACGUGCUGCGCACCAUUGCGGUCAGGGUCUCCCAGGGGUCCCUGUGACUCACUGCACAGUCCUCCAGCAGGGAGCCAGACCCAUACCAGACCCGGGCUGGCCCCACCCCCUCUUUCCUGGACUAGACUCUCGUGCCCCAGCUGUUCCAGCUGUCCUUACGGGAGAUCUGUCCCCAGAUGUCCCCCGUCUCCUGCCUUUGUGGGGUUGCUUCUCUAGAGAAAGAGAAGUGCCCAGAACUGGCCCUGCUGUCUGUGGGUGGCAGUUUUAAGGCUCCUGAUGGUUGUGAGGGCCUGUUCCCUGCCGAGGGGCCCGUGUUGGGUAUUUACCCGGGCUUGUGUUUUCGUCACUCUGGAAGCCUCGUUUCGCUGUGUUUUCUGGCUGGUUGUUGCUGUUUGUCUGAGAAAACUUCUUCCCACCUGGCAUCUCUACCUGGGCACUUUGUUGGAUUCUCUCGUCAGCACAGACAGUUUCUAGGGGACUCUUGGGGGGUUCCCAUAGGCCCUGCUGGCAUCUGCACAUGGCUGUGACGUUGCUGCUUUCCCGCGUCUGUGUUGCAGGACUCCUCGCACCUUACUGCGUUUGUGUGUCCGGAGCGUGAGGAUUGGUGUUGCUGUUUGCAGAAGGAUAUGGCCCUGAAGCCACAUGAGCGGAAGGAGAAGUGGGAGCGUCGCCUCAUCAAGAAGCCCCGGGAGUCGGAAACCUGCCCCCCUGCGGAGCCGAGUGAGAACAGGCGGCCCCUGGAGGCAGGCAGCCCCGGGCAGGACCUCGAGCCCGCCUGCGAUGGGGCGAGGAAGGUCCCACUGCAACCCUCCAAGCAGAUGAAGGUCACCGUGUCCAAAGGGGGCGACCGGGACAGUGACGACGACAGCGUCCUCGAAGCCACCAGCUCCCGGGACCCGCUCAGCGAUAGCUCUGCGCAGGCGGUCUCAGGGAGAGGCUACUCUUGCGACAGCGAGAGCGGCCCGGACGACAAGGUAAGCCCAGCGUCUUCCUCCUGGGCUCGGCUGACGGCCCUGCCCUCCCCUGCUGACUCUGGCCCUGCGAGGUGGGCCCUGGAGACCAGGCAGAAGGCAUCCGUGGGCUCCGAGAAGCUCUUUGCCCCAGGAACCGAUAAAGGCCCAGCGCUUGAGAAGUCGGAGGCCAAGGCCGGGGCGGUGCCCAAGGUGUCGGGCCUGGAGCGCAGCCGUGAGCUCAGCGCCGAGAGCUUCCUGCCCGCGGCCAGCCCCGCGCCCCACGCCGCGCCCUGCCAGGGGCCCCCGCCCGGCUCCCGCGCCAGCCCCCUGGUGAAGAAGGAGCCCCCUGCCCCGCCCCGCCACACCCCGCAGCCGCCACCCCCGCAGCCCCGCGGCCUGCUCCCGACACACGUGCCUGCAUCCCUGGGCGCCUUCGCGGGCCACGGCCAGGCGGCAGCCAACGGCCUGCACGGCCUCAGCAGGAGCAGCAGCGCCCCCCUGGGCCUGGGGAAGCACGUGUCGCUGUCGCCUCACGGGCCGGGCCCCCACCUGUCUACCUCACACCUGGCGCUCCGGUCCCAGGCGCAGCACCAGCUCCACGCGGCCAUGUUUGCCGCGCCCCCAACACUGCCCCCGCCCCCGGCGCUGCCGGCCAGCAGCCUGGUCCUCCCAGGACACCCGGCCGAUGCCAGCCUGUCGGUCUCAUUCAGCCAGCCAAUCAUGUAUUGCCAGCCUCAUUCGGGGAUUCUGAUUGAUCACGAGCUGCUCAGGCAAGAGCUGAACACGCGGUUUCUGGUGCAGAGCGCCGAGCGGCCUGGCGCCUCCCUGGGCCCGGGGGCUCUGCUGCGGGCGGAGUUCCAUCAGCACCAGCACACACACCAGCACACGCACCAACACACACACCAGCACCAACACACAUUCGCCCCCUUCCCCGCAGGGCUGCCCCCGACGCCGCCCGCCGCACCCCCGCCGUUUGACAAGUACACGCCCAAGCUGGACAGCCCCUACUUCCGACAUUCCAGCGUGAGUUUCUUCCCGUCCUUCCCUCCUGCCAUCCCGGGACUGCCCAGCCUGCUCCCACACCCCGGCCCCUUCGGGUCCCUGCAGGGUGCUUUUCAGCCCAAGACUUCAAACCCCAUUGAGGUGGCCCGCCGGGCUGGUGCGGUUCACACACUCCUGCAGAAAGCGCCUGGGGUGUCUGACCCGUACCGGGCGGUGGUCAAGAAGCCGGGGAGGUGGUGUGCCGUGCACGUGCAGAUCGCCUGGCAGAUCUAUCGCCACCAGCAGAAGAUGAAGGAGAUGCAGCUGGACCCCCACAAGCUGGAGGUGGGUGCCAAGCUGGACCUGUUCGGCAGACCCCCCGCCCCGGGCGUGUUUGCUGGCUUCCACUACCCACAGGACCUGGCCCGGCCCCUCUUCCCCAGCACAGGGCAUGCGAGAGAAUGGGAGGUGAAGGUUCACAGAGGAAACUGGGGUGCCCCCUGUGAACAGAGCUGCAGAUGGGAGGCCCUGGUGCUCUCUCCUGGCCUCUGUCAAACCUGGCUGCCCCCCCCAGGUGCCGCCCAUCCUGCCUCCAACCCAUUUGGAGCCUCAGCCCAUCCUGGCAGCUUCCUGCCCGCUGGCCCCCUGACAGACCCUUUCAGCAGACCGAGCACCUUUGGGGGCCUGGGGAGCCUGAGCAGCCACGCCUUUGGGGGCCUGGGCAGCCACGCACUGGCUCCUGGCGGCAACAUCUUUGCCCCGAAGGAGGGCUCCUCUGUGCACGGCCUGCCCAGCCCCCACGAGGCCUGGAACCGACUGCACCGGGCACCGCCCUCCUUCCCCGCUCCACCCCCGUGGCCCAAGUCCGUGGAGGUGGAGCGGGUGUCAGCCCUGACCAACCAUGACCGAGAGCCGGACAAUGGCAAGGAGGAGCAGGAACGGGACCUCCUGGAGAAGCGCCUGCUGAGCCGGACCUCGCCCGCCACCCCCGCCGGCCACCCCGUCAGCGGACUCCUGCUCCGGGGCCAGAGCGAGCUGGGCCGGCCCGGGGUCUCUGCGGAGCGCGAGUCCGAACCUCGGGUCAAGGAGAGCCGCUCCCCAGCCAAGGAGGAGGCCGCCAAGAUGCCCGCGCGCGCGUCCCCGCCCCACAGCAAGGCGGCUCCGGGAAACGUGAAGGUCAAGGAGGAGCGCGGGGAGGACGAGGCUUCCGAACCCCCGGGGGGCGCCCUGCACCCCGCGCCCCUGCAGCUGGGCCUGGGCCGCGAGCGCCUGGGCGCGCCGGGCUUCGCGUGGGAGCCUUUCCGCGGCCUGGAGCUGCCCCGCCGCGCCUUCCCCGCUGCCGCCCCCGCCCCGGGCCCCGCCGCCCUCCUGGAGCCCCCGGAGCGCCCCUACCGCGACCGUGAGCCCCACGGCUACAGCCCCGAGCGCCUGCAGGGGGAGCUGGAGCGCGCGCGGGCCCCGCACCUGCCGCCCGCCGCCCCCGCCCUGGACGGCGCGCUGCUGCCCUCGCUGGGCGCCCUGCACUUCCCUCGCCUCGCGCCCAGCGCGCUGCACAACGGGCUCCUGGCGCGGACCCCGCCCGCCGCCGCCGCCGCCGCCGCCCUCGGCGCACCGCCCCCACUGGUGACCGCGGCCGGACCUCCCACGCCCCCCGGGCCGCCGCGGAGCCGGACUACGCCGCUGGGGGGCCUCGGGCCGGGCGAGGCGCGCGACUACUCCCCGUCCCGAAACCCCCCGGAGGUGGAGGCGCGGUAGCCCCGGGGCCGCAGACGCCUCUCCGAGCGCACCGCUGUCCGUUUCUCCAUCAGUUCCUAGAACUCAAGCACAGCUCCCGCCGAUCCUGGGGCGCCGCCGCCUCCACCCGCAGCCUGCGGAGGCGGGGACUUGGGUGUCGGCUUUUCUGAGGGUGAUCUUUUGUUUUCCGAGUUUGGGAUUCGGCUGUUGGGAAAAAAAAAUCGCGUUUGUACCUUUCCCCCCCACAAAUGAGAAGUGUUUGUAAUGGAUUUGUAUUUUUCUUAAUUUUAUGCUAUUUAGACGUUUAAAAGAACCAAAAAAGAAACUUUUGCUUCUUCGUUUUCGGUUGGGAUUUGCAGUUUAAUGGCCUCAGAUCCUUCUCCAGAUCCCCAGGGUUUCUUUGUCUUAUUUAUGGAGAAAAACCGGUCACUUUGUCCAGCGCACUGUGAGGCCCCCACUCAGGCCAGCCCUGGCCCCCCCUUGGUACUUGGAACCGAAGUUACAGAUCUAUAUUAAAAUAAUAAUAAUGUACAAAACUUUGUUUUUUGCCUUAUUAUGCAGAAGUGUAAGAGAAUUUCUUUUUUGGUUUGUUUUUUAAAAAGCAAACGAAACGUGUAAAUAGUCUGUUAAUAUAAAUAUAUGACAUUAUUAAAUUCUUAAUCUAGAUAGACUUUAUAAAUCGGUUUCCAGAAACUCCUCUGGUUGUUUGUCUAACAUGGUCACAAAAACCCAGGCGCUGCCGGUUGUAAACAUUCUGAGAAGUUUAAUGGCAGCAACUUUCCUUCAACUAUGCAAGCGCUCCCGCUGCUGGUGGGGGGAGGAAGGUUUCGCCAGCGACGUCCCCGCCCCUGGGUCCGUGGAGGGGUUGGGUACCCCCAUCAGGGCCCCUGGGCCAGCAGAACAGCACUCCUGGGCGGCUCCUGUGGGCUUCAGGACUGGCCAGCUCCAGCCGCAAAGGCGAUUCUGUGGACGUUUGUGUGGAUGGUGCAGUGUUCUUGGAAUCUGUAGACCAGAUCGGUGGAGGUUUAGAAGUGCAAGAGUCUAAAGGCUGAGUACAAAAAAAAAAAAAAAAUCACUGUUGUGUGUUUUCUUUCGCCUGAGGCAUCAGCGUCACCUUGGUGUGGUCAUUGCCUCCCGGGCCCUUGGCCUGGCCUCCUCUCGGUUUGGGUUUUGCUCUCACCCACAUGAGCCCCCCAUGCCCUGCCCUCCUUGAGGCCUUUUGUGUUCCCCUACAUCUGGGCUGUGUCCCUGCCAGGCUUCCCAGCCUUCAGGGUCAGCCAUUGAGCCACAUGCUUUGCUCAGUUCUGUGUUUCAGCCACGUUUCCACAGUGGACCCCGUUUGUUUGGAAUAUUCUGUUCCCAUAUCAAUCAGUGAUGAUAAAUACAGCCUUGAUUUGGAUGAAA